AUGUCUACUGCAAGCGGACACACCACCAACUCCAACCACAUCUUGGCCCAACUCAAGCAGCAGAUCGACGCGCUGGAGAAGAAAGUCAACGACCAAGACUGUGAGGACGACAUCGAGCAGUGUGAGACACAGAUCAAGGGAAUGUCAGACGAGAUUCGAGCUUUGAAAGCACGGACCGGAGAUACACGAGCAUCAGUCAAGAUUAGGACACCCGACACCUUUAAAGGAGAACGACACAAGCUAGAGCACUUCUUAAGUGAAUGUGACAUCUACCUAGCCACCAAAGCAGGACUUACCGAAGUUGAGAAGGUGAUCUUUACUGGAUCAUACUUACGAGACACCGCAGCUACAUGGUUCAAACCCAUAUUGGAAGACUGGAUCAAUACCCAGGGACGACCCAAGGUCUAUGCCGAAGUUUUGGGAAGUUACCCGAAUUUUAAGACCGUGAUCAGACAGUUCUUUGGAGACACGGAUCGCAAACGAACACUUGAAAGGAAACUCGCUAGCCUACGACAGACCAGGGACGCAGCUCAGUUCGCAGCACAACUACAACAACUAUGCCAGGAACUUGAGAUUCACGACGAUGACAGAAAGAUGGCUAUAUUCGAACAAGGACUUAAGCCAGAGACUCAAUACGAAACAAUCAAAAUGGGACCCUACACGAACUACAGCAAAAUGGUUGAAAUGGCG